GCUGAAAGUGGAGACCAACGAAUAACAGGCUCAGACCUGAGUAGUGUAGGAGUGUGGACGACUGCCGUGGCGGAGCAGUUGGUUGCCGGGGUUCAGGAAGAGAGUGAUGCCCAGGAGCUCUACCACGCCCUUGCCACUGCAGGAGGUGCGCUAGCUCCUCAUGAGAGACUAAAGGAGUUUGAAGUGGAGAUAGAGAGACUGCACGCUAAGGUGGAUCAUUUGAAAGCACAGAAUGAUGUGUUGGCCAUUACUCUUAGUGAAUCGAAAGCACACUGUGAUCAUUUGAGUAUUCUCAUAGGGAAAUAUGAAUCAAAUUCGACUGCCUUACAACUAGCAGUGACCAACCUAGACCAGACUAUAGAAGCUUAUGAAGUGUUAGUGGCACUCCUGGAAAGUGAGAUUGCAUUGCUAUUUGCCAGUUGCAAAGCUGCGGGUGUUGGGGUAAAGGGAAAUGCUGGGGUGAGUGUUUCAGACCAGGAAGACCUCGUGGCUCUUGUAAGAAGAGCCCAGGAACAACGAAGGUCCACAGAAAACGUUGCCCGGCAUUUACUUUCCCGUCUGGAGAGGGCAAGCGGGAUGCAGAAUGAUUCAGAAAACUGGAACGAGGCCAGUAUAAGCCAUAAUACAAGCACUGCCUCAUCCACAUCAAGUGGAGUGGACUCUGAUGUCAGCCGAGGAGAGGAACAGCGCCUUCGAGAAACCAUCGGGAAGAUGCGGGAUGAGAGAAGUCAGGUUGCAGCCUCCAUCCUGCCACUCGAGUCGAUCCACGUAGAUCCACUCACCCGGCACUAUCCACUCAGCCUUCACGAUGCUCACAAACUGGACCUCGAGAAUGCAGUGUUGAUGCAGGAACUCACGGCAAUGAGGGAGGAUCGGGCAGAACUAAGAGCUCAGGUGAGAGAGGUGGAUGUGGGAAGGUUUCCUUUUAACUUGGGUGUGGAAAGGUCAGGGAAGAUGCUAUGUGAUUCAACAGUUUUAUUAUUUUUAACACGGUCUGUAUGGUGUGCAAUGAUGCCAACUACCUUAUACUGCCAAAGGAAAAUACUUCACAUAACUCAUGCCAAAAACACAACCAAAUAAUAACUGGGUGUUUUGAAGAGUCUGUUAGUUGCAUAAAAACGUGUACACCGGUGAGUGUACAGUCAAAAAAUAUAGUUGCUUUUCCUUGUGGUCGAUUAGCACCUGAGCGCUAUUCUGUGUUUUGGGAGGAGCAUGGUGUUAACCCUCCCAUGGCUAAUGUUGCCAUAUGACGAUCUUAUUACAGUAUUUGAAG